AUGGCCGCCGGCUGCCGACCAAUCAGCGGAGCCGCAGUUGGCGACGUCGCUGCGGACGGAGCUGAGAAGGCCUGGCAGAGCCCGAGCGAGCUGGAUAUCCAUCAGCGGGUGCACACGGGAGAACGCUCCUUCGACUGCUCGGAGUGCAGCAAGAGCUUCACCCGCUCCAGCCACCUGCUGCGGCACAACCGCGCGCACUCCGGCGAGAGGCCCUUCACCUGCUCCACCUGUGGCAAGAGCUUCAAGACGGCGGAUGUACUGAAGGUGCACCGGCGGGUGCACACGGGUGAGAGUCCCUUCACCUGCUCCACCUGCGGCAAGAGCUUUGCCAGGUUGUCAGGGCUGCGGGAGCACUGGCGGGUGCACAGUGGAGAGCGCCCCUACAACUGCGUCCAGUGCGGCAAGGGUUUCUCCCAUUCCAGCAGCCUGAUGAAGCACCAGCGCACCCACACUGGCGAGCGCCCCUACACCUGCACCCAGUGCGGCAAGGGCUUCACCCAGUCCGGCACCCUGCUGUUGCACCAGCGCACCCACACUGGCGAGCGCCCCUACACCUGCACCCAGUGUGGCAAGGGCUUCACCCAGUCCGGCACCCUGCUGUUGCACCAGCGCACCCACACUGGCGAGCGCCCCUACACCUGCGCUCAGUGCGGCAAGAGAUUCACCUGCUCCACCUAUCUGCUGUCCCACCAGCGGGUGCAUGCCGGCGACUGUCCCUUCACCAGCCCGGUGUGUGGAGAGCGCUUGGCCACGGCCUCCCACACCCUGCCUCACCAGCACAUGCACACCAGUGGCCAGCCCUACGACUGCCCGUACUGCGGUGAGGAGUUUGACAGCUCACGGGGGUUGCGGCGACACCGGCGGACCCACGUCGGCGACCAGCUGCUCCCACUGUGA